CCAUGAGCACGAUGUGCUCAGGUGAGCUAAAAAUAACGGCAUUGUUAUUGCAGCAUAUUUACGUCCUCUGUGUAGUUGACAGUUUUCUGGAAGAUAAUGGACCAACACGAGUUAAUUAUUUCAUGCAGAAGGGGUGACAUUUCCAGGGCAAAGUACCUUGUAGAGACAAAAGAAAUCAGUGUCAAUAUUCGUGAUAAAUGGGACAGUACACCAUUGUACUAUGCCUGUCUAUGUGGCCAUGAAGAGUUGGUGAAGUACUUGCUGGAAAAUGGAGCGAGAUGCGAGGCGAACACAUUUGAUGGAGAGCGCUGUUUGUACGGGGCCCUGACAGACUCUAUCAAAAAGCUGCUGCUCUCCUACAACAUGGUGUCAUCCAAGGUCAUGAGACGCGACCUUUAUGAUGAGCUUUUAAGACGAUUGCAAGAGCCUGGUAACUACCAUGAUGUGGUGUUUAAUGUACGAGGUCGUAAGUUUCCUGCCCAUCGCUGCAUACUCAGUGCCCGGAGCUCCUACUUUUCUGAACUGUUCAGAACCAGGUGGAAGGGACGCAUAGAAAUAGUGCUCAAACAUCAACUGAUUGUUCCGGAGGCUUUUGAACAAAUACUAGAAUAUCUGUACUCAGGUCAGAUGGAGGUCUCCGUACAGGAAGUGGACCCCUGUGUGGCACUGGCCCGGCAGUGUCGUCUGCUGCAGCUCAUCUCCCUCAUCGAGGAACGACUCCAGAAACAGACAGAGUUUGGUACGGGCAACAUGGGGGCAGGGGGAUGUGUGCGAGAGAGUAUAUACAAUUUUACAAUGUCAAAGCCCGGUGUGCAGGUUACCUCCCUUGUUGUGGAGCAGACGGACAAGUGGCAGCUGCAGCUGGACUUUGGCAGCCUGGCAGACGCAGCCUUGCCCCAGGAACUCUGCUCUCUUAGCACUGGAGAGCUGCCGUUUGAGCCAGAGUUUGCCUGGAUGUAUUCAGACAUCGUGUUCCUAGUUGGGCCUCACAAGUUCUACUGCCAUAAGGCAUUUUUCUGCGUGCGUAGUGACUACUUCAAGGCGCUGGUGCGGGACCAUUUCGGGGAGGGGUCCAUGUCAGAGGAGGACAUACCGGUGAUCGAGAUCCAUGACGUGUCCACGGCAGUGUUUGUGUGCGUCAUGUACUACAUCUACCAGGACUCAUGCGAGUUGACCGAGGACAAUGUCUAUGACGUGAUGUGUGCGGCGGACAUGUUUCUGCUGCCUGGGUUGAAGCGAUUCUGUGCCAAUGGCAUGGCUAAGUUCCUAACGGUGAACGAUGUCGUCAUGGUUCUCAAGACUUCGCGCAUGUUCAACCUUCCGAGGCUCGAGGAUCAAUGUGCCGAGUACAUGGCUGAACAUCUGGAUCAGGUUUUGGAACUGAAAGAGUUUAUGGAGCUCGUGAAAUCGGACGCAGCGGAAGUGAAGGAUCGAGCUGACACCGACUCCAUUGACAUCAUAGACAGCGUGCGGUUCCACCUGACCAACUUCAUUCAGACGUACAGCGAGAUGAGGGAGGCAGAGGAGAGCCUUAAGGCCAUCGACGAGUUCCUGCUGUCUCUUGGACUCGAAUGUUAGGGGGCAACAGGGUCCCUUGGACUCGAGUGUAAGUGGGUGACAGAGUCCCUGGAAUUCAAGUAUUAAUGGCAGCUUUUUCUCAUGGACACAAGCGUAAAGGAGCUACAUGGUCCCUCAGACUAGAUUGUUAGGGGGCUGUUACUUUUGUAUUAGGGUGUGACAAGGUCCCUUGGCCUCAAGUGUACAUAUUACAAGGUCCCUCUGCCUCAAGUGUAAAGGGGCGAUAUGAUCCUUCUGAUUCAAGUGUAAGGGGGCUACCUGGUCCGUGGGACUUCAGUUUUAAAUGGCAUCAUGGUCCUUAUAACUCAUGUGUUAGAGAGUGACAUGGUCCCUUAGAGCUCAGUUCAGAAAUAACAGUGUCUUGUUUAACCAGGUUUUCCGAAGGAAAAAACUGGUUAUUAGAUUGGCGAAUGUCGGCGGGCGGGCUGGCGGAUGGGUGGAACAAGCUUGUCCGGGCCAUAACUUUGUCGUUCAUUGUGAGAUUUUUAUAUCAUUUGGCACAUUUGUUCACCAUCAUUGGACGGUGUGUCAGGCGAAAGAUUUACGUCCAAAUCUCAAAGGUGAAGGUCACACUUUGAGUUCAAAGGUCAAAAAUGGCCAUAAAUGAGCUUGUCCAGGCCAUAACUAUGUCGUUCAUUGUGAGAUUUUAAAAUCAUUUGGCAUAUUUGUUCACCAUCAUUGGACGGUGUGUCGCGCGAAAGAAUUACGUCGUUAUCUCCAAGGUCAAGUUCGCCAUGACUAAAAUUAGAUUGAUUUUGAAACAAGGGGGGUAACUAUGAACAAUCAGUAACAAUGCACAUUUUGAGUUUGAGUUGUCUGCCUUUUUCAGACUUUUUUUUCAAAUUGACAUCAAGGUCGCAUGAGUAAAAAUAGAUUGAAUUUGAAACAAGGGGGGUAACAAUGCACAUUUUUAAUUGUCUUCAUUUUUCAGACUUUUUUUUAUUAUUGAAAACCUGGUUUUGUGACAAUAUUGUCCCUUGUUUUUUAUUAAGUAGAGGAUGAAAUAUUUAUUAUUGAUAACAUGUAAUCUUUUUAAAAAUAUAAUUAGACCGUGCUCUGUGGAAAGGUGAUUUAAUGCAUGUGCGUAAAGUGUUUCCCAGAUUAGCCUAUGCAGUUCGCACAGGCUAAUCAGGGACGACACUUUCCGCAUAAACUGGAUUUUUACUAAUACCAGACUUUUUUGAAAUGAAAAAUAUCAUAAGAGCAGAAAGUGUUGUCCCUGAUUAGCCUGUGGGGAGUGCAUAGGCUAAUCUGGGACGACACUAUGCACAUGUAUUAAACCCCCUUUUCACAGAGCACGGCCCAAUUGUCUCAUUUGUUUGACUCACCCUAUACAAUAACUAUAGUCUGUGUAGAUUAGUAGUGCAGUGCUUCAAAAUACAUACUGACACAGAAGUAUAAUAGACAAAUUAGCAUUAGUGCUAAAGUCAGAUAUAUGUCCGAGUUAAGUGCGAAUGAGUCCAACUCAUUGGCAAUACAUUCAGUAUUGUUAAGCAACUAUUUUUUAUAUAAAUAAGCUGGGAACCAAAUAGAUGUUUAAAAAUUGAUUCAUAAAAUAUGAUACUAAAAGCAUGCAGCAGCUGAGUCCUGGCUUUGGUCGCAGAGCAUCUUAUAAGGGCAUUCAUGUACCAUUAACUUGUCCGACUUAAGGGCUAGUUACCCUACUAUUAUUAUCUUUACCAACAACACUUCAAUGUGGAUACUAUUAUUAUCAAUAUCAGGAACACUAUUCUUAUUGGAUACUUGUAUUAUCUUUAUCAAGAACACUAUUCUUAUUGGAUAAUUGUAUUAUCGUUAUCAAGAGCAUUUUUCUUAUUGAAUACAAUGUAGUAUUAUUAUCAAUAUCAGGAACACUAUUCUGAUUGAUGAUUUUCAUUAUCUUCAUCAUAAAUACUUCUCAGUUGAGACUUUCAAUAUUUGAAGAACAUUUUAUCCUAUUCUCAUUGGAUACAGAUACUUUUAUAAACUUUAUGUAGAACUGUCUAUGCUUACUAGAUACAUUAUUAUACUUGUAUCAGCUUUAUCAAGAACAGUCUAUUCUCAAUGGAUACUGUUUCCCUUUUGUUGUGUGUUACUUACGGGUGCAAUUGACUUCAUAUAUUUGAAGUGUUAAUAUAUUUUGUGAUGGUUAUAUACUUCAUAGAUGAUUUUAAUUGCAGUUUGUUGGUAUAUACUAUUUAUCUAGCUGUUUUGAAAUAAAGUGUUAAAAUGUGUGUGUUGAACAUAUGUUUGUUAAGUUUGACAUUUGAUACUAUGUUUAACAAAAAUAAAUAAAUAAAAACAUUAUUAAAAUA